AUGGAAUACUAUCACCAACACCUAAAUGGACGGGUAUUUACACCUGCUGAUCCUCUCUACAGUAUUUGGGAUGCUGAGUUACCUUAUAAACUGUUUUUUGCUUUAUGUCUAAUUCUUAUUUGUUCAACGAUACAAGCCGGUGAAAAUGUUGAUGAAAACGAGGAUGAGACUGAACAUGACCAUUCUGAACACGAACACGAAGACAGUGAUACUGAUGACGAAAAUUUAGACAACGCCGACGUUCAUGAAGGUGAUGACAGUGAUUCAGACAACGAUGUUAAACGUGAUGUUGCUGAAGAUACAAGCGAUAUCGGAGAAACUGACGAUGACGGCUAUGACGAAGACGAUGUUGACGAAUGA